GUGAACGGUAUCAGCAUGCCACACCAGAGGUCUCCCAGGCUACCUUGGCCAGCGUGUCUCCUGUUUUUGCAGUGAUGAAGCUUGACAAAGAGGGAAAUACUACCUAUUUUGAAAAGAAGAAAACAGAAUUGUACCAGGAACUGGGUCUUCAAGCUCGAGAUCUCAGAUUUCAACACCUAAUGAGCAUUGCAGCCAGGAACAACAGGAUCAUCAUGAGAAUGGAGUUCUUGAAGGCUGUCAUAACACCAGAGUUUCUUCUGAUACUAGAUUAUCGUAAUUUAAAUUUGGAACACUGGCUCUUCCACGAACUAGCAUCUCAGCUGGCUGGGGAAGGCCAGCUAGUUACGUGUUCCCUGCCCUUUGAAUUCCGAGCCAUAGAAGCAAUCCUGCAGUACCGGAUCAGCAAACUGCAGGGGAGACUUAACACUUUGCAGCCUCAGAUCCUUGAGACACUGGAAGCUCUAGUGGAUCCCAAGCUUUUGUCUGUGGAUAGGAGUAAACUACACAUUCUCCUGCAAAAUGGCAAGAGCUUGUCAGAACUGGAAACCGACCUUAAAGUUUUCAAAGAAACAAUUCUGGAGAUCUUAGAUGAAGAAGAAUUAAUAGAAGAGCUCUGUCUGUCUAAAUGGACUGAUGUGCAAGUAUUUGAGGAGAGUAUGUCUGGGAUUGACCAUGCAGAGGAAAUGGAGCUGCUGCUGGAAAACUACUACAGACAAGCAGAAGAUCUUGCAAAUGAAGCUCGUGAACUCAGAGUACUGAUUGAUGACUCAGAAAGCAUAAUCUUUAUCAACCUGGACAGCCACCGUAAUGUGAUGAUGAGACUGAACUUGCAGCUGACUAUGGGGACUUUCUCUCUGUCUCUCUUUGGACUCAUAGGAGUUGCAUUUGGUAUGAACUUGGAAUCGUCUCUUGAAGAGGACCCCAGAAUAUUUUGGCUGGUGACGGGGAUUAUGUUUCUGGGAAGCGGUCUGAUAUGGCGACGCUUGCUUUCCUUCCUCGGGCGGCACCUAGAACCUCCACUACCUCCUCACCUUCCUGCAGUUUUGAAAAAAUCCCAGCCAGCAUCUGGAAGAGUGGAGAUGAAGAACAACUUUAAAUCAGAAACAUUUGGGCUGAGCAGAAGCACAUUAACAAACCAAUAG